AAUGGAAUUUGAAAAUCUUGAAACACUUGAAACAAAAUGGGUAGCAUGUAAAGUUUGUUUGGAUAUUUUCGCAAACGAAAAAACCUUACAAGAACAUUAUAAGUGUCACGAACAUCUCACAUUCGUCGGACCCGAAGAAUUACAAAAACAUGAAAAAUUUGACAGUGACGACGAACAUACAAAUGGUGGUAAACCAAUGGAAAGAAAAACGUAUUACUGCCAUCACCAUAACAGAUGUACUAAACCUUUCACCAAAAAUGAACUUUUAAAACAUUUAAAGCUCCACGAUAUCAAAAUAGAAAAUCCAACGGUAUAUUUUAAAAAAGCACUUCGUGGAAAAGUGAAAGAAACUGAAGAAUCCUGCGAAAUAUGCUUCGAACUUUUUCCCACCAAACAAGCUCUAAACCUUCAUUACACGACUCACGAUAAUGUUUACAAAUGCACCGAUUGCAAUGCAGGAUUUAGAAAAAUUAUGGAGUACGUCGUUCAUACAAAAAGUCACAGAGUUGAUAACAUGUACCAGUGUCCUUCGUGCGACGUGCAAUGCGACGAUAGGAGAAGAAUUCUGACUCAUCUACAUUUGCACGAGUGCUAUAAGCGGUACAGGUGUAAAAUAUGCGAUCAGCGUUUUCCAACUUAUCAGCCCUAUAAUGAACAUGUCAAAAUUUAUCACAUGGGCGAACCUCUACUACCCUGCGAAUUUUGCGGUGAAACGUUUAAAUCUUCUCAGAGUAUGAUCACUCACAGGAGUAAAAAACAUAGCAGAUGUCGCGUAUGCGGGAAGAACUUUUCUUCACACGAACUAAUGCAAAAACACAAGUUGUCACACAAUCCUCAUGUAUGCUAUAUUUGCGGUGAGAUGUACACAACGGAAGUGUCCUUGGGGGUUCAUGUUAUUAAAGCACACAAGGACGAAAAACUAUUCAAAUGCUCGCUCUGCGACAAAAAGUUUAUUUCAAACAGUUAUAAAAAAGAACACGAAUGCACUCACACUGAAGGAAAUAAUUCAACAGUACAUUCGAAAAGGGCACAUCGCAGUAAAGUACUAAAGACUGAGAGUAAAUCUGAAGAAGCCUGUGAAAUCUGUUUCGAAUUAUUUUCCACCAAGCAAGAUCUAAACCUUCAUUACAAAAUCCACAAAAAUGUUUACAAAUGCGCCGAUUGCAACGGAGGAUUUAAACAAAUUUUCGAAUACGUCACUCAUACGAAAAUUCACAGGGAAGAUGGAAUGUACCGUUGUCCUUCCUGCGAAGCGCAAUUCGAUAAUAAGAAAAGGAUGCGGAUUCAUCUGCAGUGCCACGAGGCUUAUAAACGGUACAAAUGUAAAACAUGUGGAAAACGUUUUGCAACUUAUCCCCACUAUAACGAACAUGUCAGAUUUGAUCAUAAGGGUGAGCCUCCGCUAUCGUGCGAAAUAUGCGGCGAAAAUUUCAGAUCUACGCAAAAUCUGACAAAUCACAAGUUUAAGAAACACAGUGAAUGUUGUUUGUGCGGUGAAAUGUUUUCUUCUUAUGAACUAAUGCGAGCGCACAGGUUGACGCAUAAUCCUUUUGUAUGUGACGUUUGUGGGGAAGUGUUUACAAACAGGGAACCUUAUGAAGUUCAGAACGAACAUAGUGAGAACAUACUGAACACUUCUGGGACAAUUUUUAUAGAAGAAAUAUCAUCAGACACUGAGAUUGUUGAUAAAAUAGAUGUAGAAGACGUUAAAGUGGUACCAUGGAACGUAGAACCAGACGUAGAAUUUGUCAGUUGUUACAAGCAAAACAAGGCUGAAUAUCCGUGCGAAAUUUGCUUGGAAAUGUUCAAUAAUCCAAACGCGUUACGGUACCACUACACUUAUCACGAAGCCCGGUACACUUGCAAAAAAUGCAGUAAGAAUUUUAAAACCAUAAUCGACUACAUUUGCCACAUGCACACGCACGGCCAUGACAAAAUGUACAAGUGUCCCAAGUGUUCUUUCAAGCAUCCCCAAUUGCCCACAUUACAAAUACACAUGUACUCGACGCACAGCGAGUACAAAAAAUACAAAUGUCAGAUAUGCGACAAACGGUUCUCAUUUUACACGGAGUACAGUGAACAUAAGAAUUGGCAUGCUCGUGAACAAUACAAACAACGUAUCGUUUUGGAAACUGUACAAUGCCAAAUAUGCGACAAAGAGCUUUCGAACAAGGAACGUCUGUUAAAGCACAUUCGCGAACAUUUUAGUGAAACUGAGUUAAAUUGUUUAUUUUGUGAGGAAACGUUUGAGACAAAAUCUAACAGGAAGGUGCACGAACGCGUUCACAUCGACGACAAGAGAUUCCAGUGUUCAAAGUGUAGAAAGGUGUUUCUUUUUUACGAACCGUAUCGCGAACAUUUACGUUUGUAUCAUAAAGCGAUCGUGGACGGUGUUAUUUGUCACAACUGCGGACAAGAUAAGCAGUUGAAAGACCACGAAAAAAUUAGUGUCUCGACUUCCACGAUAUGCGAACAUUGCAAAGCUGAAUGUUCCUCGCAUCGGAAGUGUGAAGAAUAUGAAGAAUGCAAACUGAUCGUUUCGGAUGAUGUAAGACCGAUUUCAAAGACUAAAUCCACAAUAAGACGAAAGCACAUUAUUUGUAAGAAGAAAGCGGAAGAACUGACAUUGUCCUUAUCGGCAUCAGGCUACUGCAAACAUUGCCGGAAAUCAUUUACUAGCGAAGAAGUACAUAAAACGUUCGUGACGCAAAACGAAACAAACAAAUACUAUUGCAGAGAUCAUUCAACGUGCACAGAAAAAUAUACACGUCACGGGCUGAUCCAACAUUGCAUAGACACCGGAAUUCACAUACCGGAUAUACGAAAAUAUUUCCAGAAAGCUCGCUGUAAGGCCUCGCGAAUUAAAAAUUUAGAGGGAGAACCCUGCGAAAUAUGCUUCGAAAUAUUUCCGAGGAAAGACUUGUUAGAGACACAUUACAGCGACCACAAAGACCAACAUAUUUGCGAGAUUUGCAAAGGAGGUUUCAAGAAGAUCAUGGACUACGUAUGUCACAUGCAGAAGCACAGUGACGACGGGAAGUACGAAUGUCCGGUGUGUAAUCUACGAAAAGAUAAAAUGUACGAAAUGCGCAUGCACAUAUUUCAAGCACACGAACAAUUCAAGAGAUUCAGGUGUAAUGUGUGCGGAAAAAGGUUUUCGUUUUACACGUUUUAUUACGAGCACGUCAAAUACUUCCACAGCGGAGAAAAACACUUCAUCUGCGACCUGUGCGGUAAAAGGUUCAUGUACUCCUGGUACCUAAGUUCUCACAAACAGGCCGACCACACUGACACCCCAAAAAAAUUGAUAAAGUGCUCUGUUUGUCCCGUAAAGCUUUCUUCCGACAGGUCGUUGCAAAAACAUCUCCAAACGCAACACCUUCAGGCUUACUUCGUUUGCGACAUGUGCGGGAGAGGUUUCAAGAGCAAACAGAACCUUAACGCACAUUUGAGAGUGCAUCGAGGAGAUAAAAGACACAAGUGUUCAUAUUGCGAAAAAAUGUUCAUAACGACUGGUGCUAAAAAGGAACACGAACGUGUUCAUACUGGCGAUAAACCACACAAGUGUACGUUUUGUUUGAAGGGGUUCACGCAACGUAGCAGUUUGGUGAUUCAUUUUCGAAGUCACACAGGCGAACGUCCUUACGUUUGCCAAAUAUGCAAUCGCGGAUUCGUAUCGAAAACUGCUUUAGUGAAUCACAUGAAAAAUUGUAAAGGACGAAGUGAACUUGAGGAAGAACCAUUUUCGAACUAUACCAAUCAUUAACAUGACCAAAUGUGAAUGAGUUUUUCCGAGGGUUUCAGAGUUUUAUGCAAUUAGACAUCCUAAUAUUUACGGAUGGUUUAGCUAAACUAAUUAUAUUUGUUACUUCUUUAAAAAAAAUCCUGUAAAAUCUUUUUGUAUAAUCCAGAGCCGGGCAAACUCGGUUCUUUUGACUCCUGAGUGCUCCUCAGGUAUAACCAAGGAGCUCCUCAUUGCUCCUCUGAGUGCUAGUUAAAUUAUUCUUUCCUUUUCAUAUCCCUUCCAUUUCGUAGAUGAGUCCCCUCUUCCAUAGCCGAACCCAAUAGUA